CUUAGGGUUUGAACAUGCAUUCCAGAUGGUUGAUCUGCCAUUAGUUUUUCUUUCUAUCUCUACGUCAUCUGUCACCGCCGGCUCAUAGAACCCAAACCAGGCCAAUUUUCUAUACUCUUCAUUGGCUCAUUUUUUCUGACAUAUAUGAUCGAUUAAACGAUUUUGCUAUAAGUACUCCAAACCCUACCCUAUUUGUACCCCAUAUAAAAACUCACCCCCACUUUUCUUUUCCCUCCUUCCUCUCUCCUACACCCCACCUUUCUUCCUCUCUCUCUCUCUCCUCUUUUCACGCAUCCCCUCCCUUCCCCUUUCUUCUCUGUCUCAAAAUCUUUUCCUUUCUUUAAGACUUCCUUCCCAUUUUUACCAUCUUUCCCUCUUCCAACCUUGGAUCUUCUUAUCUUCUCUUCAACCGGUGACGUUGCCGCCGGCGGGCCUACGGUGGUUGCCAUUUCAAAUGCAACCUCAGGGGAAGAUAACGACGAAGACAAACUAAGAAGCUUUGAAUAACUUGAGCACCAGAUCUUCUUUUCUUGAUUUUGUUUUCUUCAGUUUUGAUGUAUUUUCGAAAUAUAAAGGGUUGUCUGUCAGACAGACAACUUGUUAGUGCAGUGUCUGUAAGAGUCAUGAAAUUGUCUGUCAUUUGAAAAAUAAAUGUCUGUAAUUGAUAUUUAAUUGUUUGUCAUUUGUUUGUUAGUUGUCUGUAUUUGUUUAGAGUUGUGAAGUUGUCUGUAACUCAUACUUAGUUGUUUGUCAUUUCAUUGUGAGUUGUAUGUAAUUUGUGGUGAAAAUAAUGUCUGUCUGGUUAUCUCUAUUGUCUGUCUAGUUAUGCGUAUUGUCUGUCUUCUUUAUGAAACAUAUUCCAAAAUGGUAAUUCACAAUAAACUAAUGUCUGUAUGUGUAUACUUAUUGUCUGGAUGUGUAUAUUUAAUGUCUGCCUCGUUAUACUAAUUACAUCUCAAAAAAUAAACAUCACAAAAUACAGACAACUCACAAUCAAAUACAGACAACUCAAAACAAAUACAGACAAUUCAAAAUAAAUACAGAUAAUUAACCAUCAAUUACAGACAGACAGACAACUUCAUGACUCUUACAGACUUCUCACAACAACAUGACAGACAACUCGAAACAAAUACAGACAACUCAAAACAAAUACAAAUAACUAACAAUCAAAUGACAGACAACUUCACGAGUCUGACUAACAAAUACAGACACUACACUUACAAGUUGUCUAUUAGACAGACAAUCCUUUUUUCAAAAACACACCAAAAAAUCAAGAAAAAAUCAAGAAAAGUAGAUCUGCACAAGUCAUUCAAAGCUUCUUGGUCUGCACUUUCGUCGUUGUCUCGCCAUGUCAAGCUAUCCAACGUCACCCAGCUCUCCCCUUUAUCCGAUCUACUGUAGCUCUUGCAUUUGAAACAAAAAAAAGGCAGAAGAGGCGAGAAGCAGGCGAAGAAGCUUGGAGGGAGAAAAGAUUGUCAAAAUGAGAAGACUUGAUGGAGAGAGAUGUUGAAAUGGAGAAGAAAUCAAGAUUUGGAGAAAAGAGAAAGAAAGGGGAGAAGAUGGGGGAGGGGGCUGCGUAAAAAGAAAAGAGGGAGGAGAAAGGAAGGGAAAGAGAAGAAAAG